ACGAUCACAAAGCGACACUUUCUACCAUCACCACCGCCCGAGCAACACCGCACGAGCGCAAAAGUCAGCAAGCUCGCCCUUCCUUGCUUGCACCGGCGACGCGACCCUCCAGCAGACCCAUCUCGACGCUGACAGCCCGCUCGCUGCUCCCGAGCCGAGGUUCGAUUCCAAGCGCCUGAGCGCAGCACCACCUUGACCUCAUCUCGAACACAGCGACUGGCCUCCAGCGCACACACAGGCAUACAUCAUGGCGACGUUCAAAGCGAGCAUGGCGCCCGUGCCUAGCGCUACACAAUUCUUGGACAUUGUGCUGUCCAAGACGCAGAGGAGAACACCCACCGUGGUGCAUCCGGGAUGGAAGAUUACGCGCAUUCGAUCCUUUUACAUGCGCAAAGUCAUGUUCACCAGAGAUGCCUUCGUAGAGAAGCUGGAUGCCAUCCUCACAGACUUUCCCAUCCUCGAUAACUUGCACCCCUUUACAUCCUCUCUGAUGAACGUCCUCUACGACAAGAACCACUACAAGCUGGCACUUGGCCAGCUCAACACUGCCCGUCACCUCAUCGAUCAGGUGGCAAAGGAUUACACGCGGCUCAUCAAGUUUGGUGACUCGCUCUACCGCACCAAGCAGCUCAAGCGUGCAGCCAUGGGCCGCAUGGCCACGAUCAUGAGGAGGCAAAAGGACCCGUUGGCGUACUUGGAGCAGGUCAGGCAGCACAUUUCUCGUCUACCAGCCAUCGAUCCAUCUACGCGUACGCUGCUCAUCUGCGGCUAUCCCAAUGUCGGCAAAUCAUCCUUCAUCAACAAGGUUACGCGCGCAGAUGUGGAUGUGCAGCCCUACGCAUUCACCACAAAGUCGCUCUUUGUGGGACACAUGGACUACAAGUAUUUGCGCUGGCAGAUCAUCGACACGCCGGGCAUCUUGGAUCAUCCGCUAGAGGAGAUGAACACGAUCGAAAUGCAAUCCAUCACUGCUCUUGCUCAUCUUAGAUCCGCAGUGCUUUACUUUAUGGAUCUGAGCGAGCAGUGCGGCUAUACCGUCGAAGCUCAAGUGGCGCUGUACCACUCCAUCAAGCCGCUCUUUGCCAACAAGCCGACGAUGCUCGUCAUCAACAAGAUCGACGUCGUCAAGCUCGAAUCUCUCGAACCGUCCAGAGCAGCGCUAGUUCGGGAAAUCGUAGAGGAGAGCAAUGGCAAGGUGCAGCUUGCAGAGAUCAGCACCUUUACGGAAGAAGGAGUCAUGUCGGCCCGAAAUGCCGCUUGCGACGCAUUGCUGGAAUCCAGAAUCGAAGCCAAGUCCAGAGGAGGCAAGGUCAACUCCAUCACAAACAGGUUGCACGUCGCUCAACCUAAAGCUAGAGAUGAUUUGGAGAGGAAACCGUUCAUUCCCGAAGGAUUUGUGGCGGGCAAAAAGUACGACAAGGAGGAUCCCAACAGGCGCAAACUCGAGCGCGACGAGCAAGAGGAACGCGGCGGUGCUGGUGUUCACAAUAUGGACAUGAAGAAGAAUUACUUGAUCCCAGAGGAGGAGAGGUGGGACAAGAUGCCCGAGUUCUACAAUGGAAAGAAUGUCGCAGACUUUAUCGAUCCAGAUAUCAUGGAACGUCUCGAGGAGUUGGAACAGGAGGAGGAGAGAUUGGAGCAGGAUGGAUUCUAUGACGUCGAGAAUGAAGAGGAGGAGGACGAUGAAGCGCGAGAAAUUCGCGAAGCUGCAGAAGAGAUUAGGCGAAGGAAAGAAGAGGCUCGUCUGGCUAGUCGCGAGCGCAAGCACAUGAAAUCUCGCUUGCAGAUUCCCCGCAAGAUGCAAACUCGCACCCUCAGCGAGAUGGAAGAAAAGCUGCGCAGCCUCGGUAUAGACCCGAGCAGCAUCACUGCUCGCGCCGAAUUGCUGGCCAAGGCCAAGGGCAUUUCCCUCAAAGCGAAGAGGAAGCGAGGUGCGGACGAUGAUGACGAGUCGAUGGAGGUGGAUGCAGCAACAAAGACGCGCGAUGAGGAUGCGUGGUCCGACGACGAGCAGGAAGGGUCGAUGGAUGUGGACGGCGAGGCGCCUGGCGGCAAGAAGCGCAAGGGCAACACGGGCAAGAAGCUUGCAGCGCUGCGAGGAGCUACGGCUGGUGUGGGCAGCACGACGAAAUCCGGCGGAGCGAUCACUGCGCGGGCGGGAGCGGUCAGGAGACCGACGAAGAACAGACAGACGGCGGGACUGGCUGGCAAGGCUCAGGUUGAAAAGGCUCGCGAGCUAAAGGAUCUCAGUCUGAGAGAACGCAAUCGACUUGCCAAGGCUGGUGAAAGUGAUCGAGCCAUCAAGGAAAAGAUGCCAAAAUGGCUCUUUGCUGGAAAACGUGGCAAGGGAACUUCGAGGAGCAGAUGAGCGACUCGAAUGGCGGCCUUUUUCUCCUCUCUCUCUGCCCUGCAAUCCUUGUGUACAUUGCCCACUUGCCCCGCUCAGCUCAAUCGAUACUCGUAGCGGAUGCGCGCAUCGGGGAGG